AAUUAAAACGGAUAGAUUAUUCCAUAGUACAAGUAUCAAAUUCAAGCCACUCAAUAAUAGCAGUAACAAUUACCUCUCAAUUUUAAGUUAGUUGGGGUCGCUAACUAGUCAAAAUGUCUUCUUCAGUUCUUCCGUUAUGCAUCUUUCUCGUCCUUUUCUCUGCAGCUUCUUCGGCCGUCGCCGGCAAGGAAUCCCAGUCCCCCACAGUGUACGAGAUUAUACAGGAAUACGAUUUUCCGGUGGGACUACUCCCAAAAGGCGUGACAAGGUACGAAUUCAACAAAAGCACUGGCAAUUUCGCCGUUUACUUGAACAAAACGUGCACUUUCAGCAUAAACGGUUACAGUCUCAAGUACAUGAGUAAAGUUACUGGUAAAAUUUCCAAGGAUAGAGUAGCGAACUUGAAAGGUGUGCAGGUAAAACUGCUUUUGUUUUGGAUUAAUAUUGCGGAAGUUACUCGUGACGGUGACCAGCUUGAUUUCUCCGUCGGUAUUGCUUCUGCUGAUUUUCCUAUUGAUAACUUUUAUGCGUCUCCACAAUGUGGAUGUGGGUUUGAUUGUGUUAAUUCUAGCACUGGUGAGUUCAAUUUGAAGCAGCUUAUCUCUUCAUCUUGAAUAAUUAACGAAAAUUUCAGGAAUUUCAGAACUAAAUGGACCUAGUUUGGUUCAUAGUAAGUCCUUAGUAGUAGAAGUGCAUUUAGGUUGAAAUUAGAGGGACCGGAAGCUAAAUGGAUGCUCCAUUUUGUAUUUCAGAAUAACUGGAAGCAUAUGCCUUUUAUUUCUUGUCUUUUUGGGGAUGAUAUUAUUUUUGUCCCAUUUUGUACCCUUUACUUAUGGGAGUUGUAAUAUAAACAUGUUUUAAGCAUAUUGACAAUUUCAAUCACUAUUAAACA